UGCCGGGAGCUGGGUGCACGAGCUGCAGCCAUGUCCUACUGCAGGCAGGAAGGAAAGGACAAGAUAAUAUUUGUAACCAAAGAAGAUCAUGAGACUCCUAGCAGUGCAGAGUUGAUCGCAGAUGAUCCUAAUGACCCUUAUGAAGACCAAGGGCUGAUCUUGCCAAAUGGAGAUAUCAAUUGGAACUGCCCCUGCCUGGGUGGCAUGGCUAGUGGGCCAUGUGGAGAGCAGUUCAAAUCUGCCUUCUCUUGCUUCCACUACAGCCAAGAGGAAAUAAAAGGCUCAGACUGCCUGGAACAAUUUCGGGCAAUGCAAGAGUGCAUGCAGAAAUACCCAGAGCUCUACCCCCAGGAGGACGAUGAGGAUGAUGCAACGAAACAAAGUAACACGGAGGAAUCUGCUCCUACGGCUGCUAAUGAUGUCCAAGAGGAGGGAUCUAGCUAAUAGAAAAAAACGAGGCUAUUGCCUCAUGGAUUAUCCUUGCCCGGUGUUCAAUGGACCAUGAUAAGCUAAGAAGUGUAUUUCCACUGACCUAUGACGUGUACACCAUAAUCAGUUCACUUUGGAUGAGAGCUACAGCAACUGCACACAUUUGGAGUCUAGGCAAAGCUGAGGAUAUGAUUUAUCAACAUCCAUGUUUAAUUAUAUAUUGCCUUGGUUCUGAUUUUAGACAUGUGCCUGUCCUUUCUAAAUUAUCUUCAUAUCCUUCAUUUUUCCUGUUAAUAGGUCACAAAGGCCUCUGUCGACAGAUUUUUAUAUUUGCAGCAGAAAUAUUUUGGGCAAGGUGUGUUAAAGCUUUAUUUAAUUAUAGUUUAUUUUAAUGCCUAUUUUUUUUUUUCUAUUUUUUUCAGUUAAUGUAAUAAGGGAACAACUUUAAUUGUUUGCGGCGAGUACAUGAGAAGAUGGGUUGCUGUUAUUUUUCCCACUCUCCCCAUCCUUUCCUGGGUUCCUAGAUGGUUUAGCAAUGCUACAGCACUGAUGUCACUGUCAAAAUCUCUUAUUUUAAGAAAAUAAUAAUGUUCCUCAAACAGUCGCUCAAUAUGAGACAAAUUUGAGCAAUCGCCUCCUGCCUGUGCCUGAAAUCCUUUUCUUACUGUACUGCCACAAUCCUAGAAUCCUGCACUGAAUAUGUGAGACUGUAUUCCUCAUGGAGAUCUGUAUAAAGAAAAUGUGAGCGAUUAAACCACAUUAAAUACCUUUUUACCUUGCAA